AUGCAAGCCGCCACCUCUGGGGUAGUCGAACCACCGUGGAAAAAGAGGAAAACGAAUCCAUCUCCACCGUCGUUUUUGUCGCUUCCAGAUGUAAUCAUUCUCCACUGCUUAGCUCGCGUAUCGAGGUCUUACUACCCUAAACUCUCCCUAGUUUCCAAGACCUUUCGCUCUCUCAUCUUAUCCAUCGAGCUCAGCCACGCACGGUUUCACCACAAAACACAAGAAGAGUUGUUUUCUAUAUGUUUGCACCUUCCCGACCGUCCUCUUCCCUCAUGGUUCACCCUCUGGAUACAACCUGAUGAUGAUAUCGAGAAGAAAAAAGCUACACUGGUACAAGUACCUUCUUCUUCCUAUGCUUCUCAAGAACCAUUGUUAGUCCGUAGGGUGGAUUCAGAUAUAUAUGCACUCAGACAACGGUAUCCUCCGUCUCCAGUCAUGUUAGUCCGCAACAAAGAGAAUUGUCUAUGGCGUAAAGGCCCCAACAUGGAUGUAUCUCGAGUGAACCCCGCUGCAUGCGUGCUCGACGGGAAGAUAUACGUAUUGGGAGGUUGUAAGGCCGCGGCGAAAAGCUGGGGUGAGGUUUUCGAUACAAAGACUCGAACAUGGGAGCCUUUACCUGACCCUGGAGACGAGCUUCGGUUCUCUUCAGUGAUUAGAAAAAUAGAGAUUAUCGGAGGGAAGCUUUACGUUACUAGUAACGAGGAGAAAGACUCUGUCUAUGAUCCGAAAACGCGCAAGUGGGAAGCUAUAGAAAAAAUAAUCGACGGAGACAGUAGGUGUAUGGUAGGUAAUAUAUAUUACUCUUGUCGUAGGGGAUGUUGCAUGUGGUAUGACACAGAGUGUAACGAGUGGAAACAUGUCAAGGGGUUGUCUUCAUUCAAUAAAAGUUGUCGUCGUGGUUGGAUUGAAACAGUUCAAUACUGUGGGAAGCUUUUAAUCUUGUGGGACAAGUUUGUGCAUUAUGAAGAAAAGACUAUUUGUUGUGCUUUGAUUGCGCUUGAAAAGCGCCGACAUGGUCAAGUUUGGGGAAAGGUUGAAUGGUCUAAUGGUGUGCUUACGGUUCCAAGUUCAUACGGUUUCUUGCGUUCUUGCGUUAUACGAACUUGA